AACGGAAAAUUUUUUUGCGAUUUGAAAUAAAUGUCAAGUAAAAUGAUAUAUGCCUGCUUGAAGGAGUUGAUUCUUGCCUCUUCUUUUUUACUCAAUAUUUUAUGAGUAGGCGCAGCUUGUAAGACAUUGAAGAGGAAAAACACUCCCCACAUAACUAUAUUCACCGUGGUUUCGUUGCAUAUCAACACGAGGAAACGUUCUUACGCAUGCGCUAAAGCACCCGGUGUCAGGUGUAUCUGUGAACAAAUUAAUAAAUAUGCACUUUCCAUGAACCGCGAUAAAUAAUAUAUCAGACAGGUAUUAAGGUUUACUCAAUGGGCGAAACGUCCAUUGAAACAAUCGAGCCGAUCAAAUCGUGAACAAAGCAUUACUACAACGUGAAGAUACUUGAAACCGGCGACGACUUCGGCGCGAGCGAAGCAAAUGAACAAAACUUUACACGAAGAUAUCCUCAAGAAAGAAGACGAGAAAGACAAAUGGGUUGAGUACUGGGUAGUCUUGAGGAACGGUGUUUUGUACUUCUACGAUGAGCAGACGGAGUUGUGGCACGAGUAUUGCGACAAAAUCGAAAUCACAGCGAACGCUCGUUGUUCUGUUGUGAGGCGCAGGACAUACAGUCACCGCUUCAAGUUGGUCACCGAAGAAGGAACGUGGCUUCUUAAAUGCCACACGAACCUUCAAAGACAUCGCUGGAUGCAUGCGAUCGAUUUGGCGGUGAAGAAAAUUUCUUCCACGGCCACGGAACUCGCGCCGACGCCAGGAACGCCGCGUGGUUGUUACUACGAGAAGGAUUUGUUUGGAAGGAGUAUGCGAAGGGAAAUCAGGCGGCAAUGCGAGGCAGCGAGCGAAAACAAUAACAAUACCCUAGAAGAAUUAAGCCUGAAUUUGGAUUUAGAGAAAGGGGCCAAGCGGGAAAGACAGGCUUCGACGUGGAAAACGUCCAAGUUGAAGAAAAGCCCUCAGAAGGAUAAAGAAUCAUACGUCGCAUUUGAAUCACUGCUGUGCGGCGACCCUGAUCUUGGGAGUCCGGUGGAAAACUUGGCUUUUUCUGACGAGGAAGUUGGCGUGGACGGAAAUGCGAAGAUGCGAAGCAUUCGUUCGGCCCCAGUAGCGAAAUUAAUUUGUGUUGAAAGUGCUAGUAAGUCAAAAUAAGACUAUAAAUUUGUGAAAAUUUUAUGGCGCGAAAACUAUCGACCAAAAACUAUCUGUAAAUGAUGAUUUUCAUCUAGCUAAGCUAUUUCUUGCCUUAUUUAAAAUUGAACCAUUUAUUCCUAAGUGUCAAGAACGAUAGCUUGUGGCUACUAGUUUGUAUUCCAAAGUUGAAUAUGAAAACAAGUUUGGCAAAUAACGACUUGGCAAACUGUAGAUGCUUUUAAAUGAAACUGUCCGCUCUGAAACGACAAUAUCAUCGCCUUCAUGAAUUUCCGACGUCGCCUUUCUCGAUUCAGACAAUUAGAAAGAAUGGCAGGAAACGUUUUGGCAUGAGGUUCAAAGAAAUUGAAAUUACCUUAUUCAGUCGCUUUCCGCUGACAGACGUCUAUUAAAAGCGAACAAAAGGAUUCACCUUGUUUCAUAGUUUUAUUUCUUUGGACGAAGUCGGAAUUUCUUUGAAGAAAUGAGAUUUUGAUGUUGAAUUCAAUCGCAAAAGGAAGUUUUUAAUCUUUUCGUUAAGACCCAGCCAAACAUUUUUCUAAAAAUAAAUUGGGAAAGGAAAAAUAAAACAAAGUGCAAGUUUAAUUUGUGUAAAUUUGCGUUACUUGCCGCAGAUGGUAUUGGAAACACCUGUCAUGGCCUUAUUACCAUGGAAAGACUACUUUCUGUUGCAAGAAAGCAAAAUUACUUUUAAAUCGGUGAUAUAAAAGCGCGAAGGAAGCGAAGGAAGAGAAGAUAUCCGUUGAAGCUGCGGCAGAAAAUUAGAAACCUUCCAAAAUUUAAAUGUUUAAUUGUCAAAGGUAGUUUUUGCCUCGGGAAAAAUGGCUUGGGUAAAUGCAAAUGAAGUGAGGAAGUUCAUUUGGCCAAACAUUUUACUUGAUAUUCUUUAAUGAAGUAGCAAGGCAACAAAUUCGAUUCUUGGCCGCUAAAAAUAUAUUGCUUAAUAAAUAAAGCAAGGUUUUAUUAAAUCGAAAAAUAAAUAAUGUAUGUCAGGCGACGCUUGAUUUUUGGAGUAAUUAUAUCUAAACAAGUUGAAAAUAUUUUAUUACAUUUUUUAAACCAAUCGAUUCCAAUAUGUCAAUGUAAGGAAAUAGAAAUUAUCUUUUACUUGUUAUUGCUUUUUGUACGUGUUUGUGAGUAUUUGAGAGAAGAUCCUGAUUUGUUUCCGCAUUUUAAUUUGACAGAAAUGACGCCAAAUUAGGUAUUGCAAGUCGUCGUGCGGUGUUGUAGGACGUGAUUUCUGUCGUAAAGUUAAAAAAAGUCGCGCGUAUCAAACAACUGUGAUAUUACCACAAGGAAAGUAUCCCAUACGACAAAAUUUGGACGCUUUCUGAAAAUUUCGUGAUCACGUAAGUCCUUCAAAAUGAUUUGAACUCAAUUACAGAACGCUUCUUACGAUAUAUAUGUCAUAUUUCGUUGCCUUUGCCGUUGAAGUGAAGUAAGCGACAGAACAUUAACGUCGGCACACGUUAGAAGACAUGUUGUUAGUAUUUGUUGCAACGACAGUUUUCCUGAUGUGGCAAGCCCGUUUUUGUGAAAAAGUUCGGCUGCGGGGACAAAAUGUUAUCCCCGCAACAUGUUGCAUGAAGUUCAGCUAGUUCGAAUUCGUGCGUCGAUCAUGAAGCAGGGACAAAAUGUAGCCUCGGCAAUUUUCAUGUCGCAUUUGUCGUUUGCACUGCUUUUGCAAACUGUCCCCCAAUAUCCGAUUUCAUACUGUCCCUGUAAUAGCAUGCGUCCCAUGCGUACACACGAAGGGGCUUGUUCCGCCUUUAAGUUCCCGUGACAUGUCACGUUGUGUACGUAUGUGUGCCGACCUUUAUGGUGUAAGACAAAGACGGGGAAAUACACCAUACCGUAAUAUAUAGCGCAUUUGUGCCUUUGGAGUCAUGGAUAAAAACACAGGUGCUGAUUGGUAAAUGUGAACAUUGCAUCUGAAUUUUAUCUCUUUCGACAAAAUCGAGUUGUUUUAAUUGAAAAGGUUUGCCGGGCGACCUUAAACAAGUUGAAAUUAAUGGAGACCUCUGUAGAUGCAAUUUUCGCUCAACCAUGAUCUCGCAGUUGUACGAGAAAAAUUGAGGAGAUAGAAUUCCGGACACUAUCAAACCUUCGAGAGAGAAAAUACACAGUCUCGUUUCUUGGGCUAGA